CCGCUCAGCCCAGCAGCUAUUUCUCGGCUCUCGGGCUCGGAGGUGGCAGAAGGCGGCAGGGAGAGGGGGGGUUUGGGUGUGUUUGUGUGUGUCCCCCCCCCCCGGCGCUGUGAGCAGGGGGCCCGCACCCCACACCUGCCCCAGACAUGGGGGGCUGGCUCCGCAGCGCCUGGAUUUUGCCCCUGUUUUUGGCUGGGCUCGUCCAGCCAGGACAGGGGCAGGAGAAGGAGAAGGUGAAAUGCUACGGCUCGGUGCAAGGCACCAUCUACGACUACGGGGCCCUGACCAUCGAUGGGGACGAGUAUAUUCCAUUUAGGAAUUAUGCAGGGAAGAUGGUGCUCUUCGUCAACGUGGCCACGUACUGAGGCCUCACCCUGCAGUAUCUUGAACUGAAUGCACUACAAAAUGAGCUGGGGCCCUACGGGCUCGUUGUCCUGGGCUUCCCCUCCAACCAAUUUGGGAAGCAGGAACCCGGCCAGAACUCAGAGAUCCUCCCUGCGCUGAAGUAUGUCCGGCCAGGUGGUGGCUUCGUCCCCAAUUUCCAGCUCUUCCAGAAAGGGGACGUAAAUGGGGCCAAGGAGCAGAAGGUCUUCACCUUCCUGAAGAACGCCUGUCCCCCGGUGGCGGAGGAGUUUGGGAACCCCAAGAACCUAUUCUGGGAGCCCCUACGGAACCAUGACAUCAAGUGGAACUUCGAGAAGUUCCUGGUGGGCCCCAAUGGCGUGCCCGUGAUGCGGUGGUACCACCGAGCCAACAUCGCCGUUGUGAAGAACGACAUCAUUGCCUACAUGAGGCAGCUGCAGGAGCAGGGCCAGUAGAGGCUGGGGCUGCUGGCUUGAGGGGUGUUUCUCCCCUCUGCUGGCAUCCCCAUGGCUGCUUUGGGGCUGGCUCCCCACCCCAUCCCAUCAUACAUCCCAGCAGCAGAAGCCAAAUGCUGUCUCCUCCAUCACUGUUAUCUCUGGCACUCCCAGUGGCAGAGACCUCAGUGAUAGGAAUGGGACAUUCCCAAUAACCCAUAUCCCACCCCAGCAGUGGCAUCUCCUCCUGGCCCCCAGCUUUCCCACUGCUCCAUCACCCCGCGUUGCCGGACAGCAGGAGGAUGCAGGGGCCGCUGCCCCUGGAGCAGAGGACCACGUCUCCAUGAAGGCUCGGCCCGAAAGCCCCCGGCACGGGGCGGGCCAGGCCUGAUCCCACCGAGCACGGAGCAGCUCUUCAGUGCAUUCAAGCCGCCCGUGGUGCCGGUGCAGAGACGCGCUCCUCUCCCGGUCAGGGGAAGCUGGCCCCUCAUCCCCAGCACAGAAAUGCCAAAUAAAGGCUCUGCAAAUGUGCAA